AUCUAUCCCGCCUAGGCUUUCUUCAUACUACUUUACCUUCCUUUCCCGUACCCUCGCCCGUUCAGGGAGGUUUGUCAAUAAAGUCCAUUGUUUGGCAGCGGCUUGCAGAGAUACGCAACACAAUGGGAGAUCCGGCGUUAUCACAGCUGAUCGAUAUGGGCAUUCCGGUCGGAAGAGCAAGAGCUGCUCUGAAGAGGUCUAAGGGUGACGCCAUGUCUGCUGCUGAACGAGUAUUUGCUGGAGAAUUUGAUGACAUACCAUCGGAUGAUGAAGGGGAAGAUGGAACGGAAGGAAGCAGCUCCGUCCAAGUUAAGGCGGAUCCCGUGGUGAUCGAUAACAAUGAAGACGAUGCCAUGGACGAGGACGAGAUGGGACAUGAGGACGAGGAAGAUGAUUAUGACGAUAUGAACGAUGGUAAUUUUGACUAUGAUGAGGAUAUGUCUGAUGGCGAACAAAUGGCGUCAGAUCCUUACGCAGGAAUAUUCUUCUCAAAGAACCGCGUCGAGGAGAUCAUUGAACCGAUUGAGACAGAAGAAACCAUGACCAUAUCAAUACCAGGAGGAAGCACGGUCGAGGUGAAGAUCUUAGGUAGAGGAGAAUGGAUGAGCGGAUGUCCUGAAGGAGGUGAACAGAGCUUCCUUUUCCAGCUCUAUAAUACAUUGGAAGAAGGCGGAAUGCCUUGCUCGGCUGGAUGUGGACAUUCAUUUACCCGCAAGAAACAAGACUUUUUCUGUCUCUUCCCGAAAUUCCCGCAAUACACCACAUACCUCAACAGCAUCAUCCGCCCUAAUUGCCCCCAAUGUCACCAAAUCACUUGUCUCGCAUGUGGUGAGCGAGUCGACCGUCCUUCCGCUUUACACAGCCAACAUUCCAAGGAUAAAGCCCCAAUGACUUCGGCUCCUAGCAUUCCUUCCGAAACAACCCAGGAAGCACUCUUACACUGUCCAAAUCUUCAAGGUGUCAUCCUUGGUGUGGGUCUGCACAUGAUUGAAAAGACAUUUUCUCAGGGAAGAGAUCAUAAUUCAUGCGCAGAGAAGAGCGGAAGGACACCGCCCUCAAAGAAGAGAAAGACUGAUGAUAACCCACCUUUCUUGAAGGGAAAAGGAGCUGUAAAAGGGACUGGCUAUGCAGGAAAUGUACAAGAAGAUAGGACGGGCCAGGUUGCAGCUGAAAAAGCCCAGAAAAAGGCGGACCAAAAAGUCGCCACCAUUCUUCAACAAGUCCAGCAUUUCCUUCCCAACCCUCAUCGCGCUGGUGGGCCAGCAACAUCCGACUAUCUUGUCCACCCUACUGCCUUAGCGCAUUUGAGAAGACGGAGUACAUUUAUGAAUGAUUUGCUGAGAAAUGAUAGUUUGUUCGAUAUGAGCCAACGGGGAGAUAUUUAUCGGGCGUUGUUCGAUUGGCUCGAGAUUGUUUCAAACAAUGAAUCCCUCGCUUCAAUGCUUGGCAUGCCGCAAAUGCGUCCCGCCAAAUCUGUCCCUUCACCUACCGUCUCCAACUCCCUCAUCGUUACCUACGAAGGCGCUCCCUCCCCACGUGAACUUCUCGAGAAUAUCGUCCUCCAAGCCAAAGCCGCUUUAAAGGGCCUUGAAGGUAUUCAACCAGCGCAAAUUGAAGGAAUAGCGUUGACCGAAGAGGAACUAAGAACAAAUAUAAAGGAAAUGGAGAAGAAGGAGGCUGAAAGGAUUGAAAAAGAGUCGCUAGACGAAAAUAGCGUAUUGAAGGCGUUCUGUUUGAGGAUCAUCAAGAGUGCAGAAAUUAUCGACAAGCGACUGGUUGAGACGAAGGGUAAAGCGUUUGUGCAGAGGAUGAAAGAGCAACUGCCGCGAAUAGACGAAAGUGGAGUUCAAAUUGAGGAGAACCCUGUGGAAAAUGGGACCGACGAAGAAAUCAUUAAGAUUUAUGAGGAAUGGGCUACCAGGGCUAGGUUCCAAUACGUUGAUCUUCGGGCGGGAAGCGAUAUUACGGGUGCGCCGAGCUACAAGCAUGCGUAUAGUACUCUUAUCGCUGGUAUCGAGCUCAAUAACGCCCCAAAACGAUCACUCGCAAUUGCUAAAGAGUUGGCAAUACUUACUACCAGUCUUCCUGUAGCGUGGCACUCGUCCGUCUUUCUGCGGGUAGACGAAGCCCGUGUAGAUGUCCUCAAAGCUAUGAUCAUAGGCCCAGAAGGGACACCAUACGAGAACGGUUGUUUGCUUUUCGACAUCUUCUUACCAUUGGAGUACAAUCAACGUUGUCCGCUCGUUAAGUAUAUGACGACUAAUGGUGGGAAGUGGAGGUACAACCCCAAUCUCUACGCCGACGGAAAAGUAUGCUUGAGUCUGUUGGGGACGUGGCAAGGGCCAGGGUGGAUUGCGGGCCAGUCGACCUUGUUGCAAGUGUUGAUCUCGAUCCAGAGUCUUAUUCUCUGCGAGGAACCUUAUUUGAACGAGCCAGGAUGGGCAAAUAUGUCUGGGUCUGCACAAAGCAAAGCGUAUAAUGCCAAUAUCCGAAGGAUGGUACUCGCUGACGCUAUGGCCAACAACAUCAAGAGCCCCCCGCACCCAUUUGAGAACGAGAUCAAGACCCAUUUCCGGCUCAAAGCCAAGGCUAUUCGCCAGCAGAUCGAAAAGUGGAGAGAAAUGGACGAUAGUAAAGAAGUGGAAGCCGACUAUUGGGGUGGAGCUCAUACGUCCGCGGCCUCUGCGCUUUCCAAUCGAUCAUUCGAGGCUGCCGCAAAGGAAGUCUUACGACUGCUGGAUGAAUUGGAGGGGAAAGUGCAGCCUGUUCCAAAGGCCGAAGAGGAGGCUAGGAUUAAGUCCCCGAAGGAGGAAAAGAAGAAGUCCUCUUCUGUGAUAUGGAACAAGAUGAUUGGUGGUAGCAAAAAGAAGUCGAAGAAAGAUGUUUAAUAUUGUAUAGAAUCUUCGGCUUUUCAAUAUGUAACGUUGUUUGUAUCUCUGUAUGCUCAUGUAACAUUUGUUUUCUG